CAAGACAGCGCACCCGGUUCCAUCACCGCCACUAGCAUUCCAAGGAACCGGCAAACAAAACCGGGACCGAGUUCUUUAUUAAGUAUCAAGCUGGUUCGCAGUCCCAACAGACGGAAGUCACAAUCACUUUCCGGUAAAAUUAAGAUGCACCCCAGGAAAAUUUCCUGUAGCCGGAGUUGAACCUGCUUGAGUGGAUUCCGGAACAGUGGCCCAGAAAUGGUUCUUCGACAAGCAAGUGACUGCCGGAUACAACCUAUCUAUGGAAUGGGAGCUGCCACGGAACGGAACGUGUGGGGCUAAGGAACGAACAGGAAUCUUUACUAAAGUAGAUCCAGACCAAGGAAGAGUCAAUUUUGUCGCAAUAGCUUUCUUUGACCGGGCGGAUGAUUUAGGGUUUGCUAAGGUGACAACAACGGUCAAGAAGUUCGAUCCGGCCUCGAUGCGCCGCGGAAACCAACCUGCAGGGAACAUUUCGUCACCAGGUAGAGUACGACUUAGUUUCAACGACGUUACAGUAGUCCCUGCUGCUGCUCGUGCAAGGAUUAUCAACCGCCGGGACGCUAUCUACGCAGCCGCCGCCAGCUAAGGAACAGCGCUCCCGGUCGCUGAUGGCCCGCUUCUUGUCAAUGCUGAUCGAGCACCGGCGGCAAGACGUUAGCGACCAAGCCAUGAAGAAGGCGGAUGCUGGAAGUGAGUUUCACGAUUGAGUUAUUCAAAUUAAGCUUAAAAUAAAACUAAAUUUGUUAUGUUUGCAGAAAAUGGAUCGGGUCUGGGCCGGUGAAUACGUCGUCAUAAGCAUCGCGAGAAGAACGAGCUAAGUACUGUGCGAAGUACUCGUACAUUCUGACCCUAGUGAUGACCCCUGUGGCAAUUUAAUUCAAUUUAACAUGUAUUAAUCAGUACCAAAUAAAAAGGCUGGUCAGGG